AUGCCUCCCCACCCCCUCGAACUCCCCUCGACCCUCUCCCCCGACGCCCUCGACACCCUCACCGAGCUCACCGGCAUCCUCACGCGCCUGCGCACCGCAAUCCAGACCUCGGGCACGACAGGCGGCAUCACGGGCUCGACCCCCGCCGGCACCGGCCCCGGCGCGACCCCCAACCCCCUCGGCGCCAGCCCCAACGCGCCCCUCUCCCUCAAGGACGUGCCCCCGCAGACCGACGCCCUCAAGCACAAGCUGCAGCGCGCCCGCGUCCAGAUGCGCGCCCUGCCCGACAUGGACCGCUCCACCGCCGAGCAGGAGGAGGAGAUCAGGGAGCUCGAGGAGAGGAUCGCGAUGCAGCGCGAGGUGCUGGACCGCUUGAGGGAGGCCGGCGUCCGGUUCGGGCAUGAGGAGGGCGGGAAGGGGGAUAAGAUGGAGACGGAGUGA